CGAUGUGAUCGGUUCACAACAGAAAUCGUGAGAAGAAGGAAAGAUCGAGACGAGAUACGACGGUGUGACAUCGAUCCAGAACAAUGCGAAGAGUUGUCGUCAAUAACUUGAGAAUUGUUUACCUCCAGAAAGGUCUUUUUUAUAUAAAGAAAUAGAGCACUGUGCAUUUUCUAGAAUCAAGUGAUUUUAAUAAGAAGUUUGAGAAGGAUUAGUGGAGUUUGAUGAGGUUUGAAAGGCCUACAGUAAAAUUAUUUAAUUUCCAAGAGCGAAGGAAUUGAUUUUUUCAUGAUAAAUUAAUUCUGUCUUUGUAUAAUUCUAUAGAAUAGUAAAAGGACGUAGCAGAUCGAUUCUACUUUACCAUGGUCAAGAUGUACAGCCAACUGGCACGAAACUAGCGAUCUCUGUUAUAAAAUUAACAGUUUGUUCUAAAAAGAUUCUACUACUCUAAAAAUACAGUGUCGAGUUCGAUUUGACCGAGACCUAACGAUAAGUGCAAUGAUUUAAUUCGAACUAGUGAUGAUAAAAGAGAAGGUAGACCGUGACAUUAACGUCGGUAUCGCGAUUAGCAGAUCUAUUUUCAUCAGAGAGCACGGGGUAACAAACUUGGGUCUAUAAGCAGAACAACGGUCGGAAUAGACGGUGUGCAGGUACAUGUCUUCAUGGUGGUUGUCAGCUCGCUAAUUAGCGACAUCACCGAGAAAAAGAAGAAGAAACGCGACGAGCGGACGCGAAUUAAUUAACGUGUCGAUCCGUCCCAGCUGUGUGAUACAAUUAAGCAUCGUCCCGGAAAUUCCAGUCACAUUUGCUUGUCACCUUAACGAGCAAGCUGAAAACACCGUCAAGGAACACGGUGUACCUUGUUUCAUGAUAUCGUGAUACAUGUGGUAUAAUUUCACUUAUUCGUGAUGUGUUCAUUCAUUGAAUUGAUAUAAACUGAUAGAAGAUCGUGAAAAGGUGAUCAAGUCUGAGAAGAAUCAUGGCUGGGGUCGAUAAUCUUGCGUACGAUGCUCCUAAAACACAGUCGGCGGUGCCGGACAUGCACGAGACCCUGUCUAGUUUUCCGGAACAGUUCGGAGACGGUCCGAGGAAACCGGAAAUAAAGCCGGACGCGCCGAAGGAAUCGGACAGGUCGACGGAUAAUCCAAAGUGUGGCUGGUUAUGGUUCAGGCCCAUCUCCUUGCAGAAAUUUCGAACCGCGAAAUGGGCGUUAUUCUGGCUGUGUUGGACAGGUGCAAUACAAGGAAUGGUGGUGAACGGUUUUGUAAACGUCGUUAUCACCACGAUAGAAAGGAGAUUUGGUUUGAGGUCGUCGCAAACUGGUCUGAUAGCAGGAGGAUACGACAUAGCUAGUUUUCUGAUCCUUGUCCCAGUUAGCUAUCUAGGUGGACGUUCGAAAGCAUCGAAACCAAGGUAUAUAGGUAUAGGAGUUCUAGUCUUAGGAAUAGGAAGUCUGCUAUUCGCGUCUCCCCAUUACCUUGCCGGACCUUACAGAGGUGGCCAGCAAUCAGAAAACAUGUGUCAGAGGGUGAAUAACACCUCGUCCCGUUCAAUAUCCUGUAAUGGAUCCAUGGGUCAAACAGACCAGGAGCCGUACAGUGGAUUGUACUUAAUUAUCUUCCUAAUGGCUCAACUUCUUCACGGUGCCGGUUCCGCUCCUUUUUACACUCUCGGUGUCACCUACAUAGACGAGAACGUGUCGAAGAAAAUGUCCUCUGUGUACGUGGGAAUUUUCUACACGAUGGCCAUAAUAGGACCCGCGUUAGGCUACGUAAUUGGAGGCGAACUGUUGAAGCUGUACACGGAUUUCCUCACGGUGGACCCGUCCGAAAUUGGUUUAACACCGGACAGUAACGUGUGGGUCGGAGCAUGGUGGAUAGGUUUUCUAGGGGCUGCGGUUUUGUGUUUCGUCAUUGCUAUACCGAUCUUGGCGUUUCCUCCCGCGUUGCCAGGUUCCGAGGAAUUAGCCAAGGAAAGAGUAUCGGAAGCGCACGAGAAGCAAUCGAAGCAAUCCCCCUCGAGCGAAAGCGGGGAGGCAUUUUCAAAAAUACGCGAACUGCCACGAGCACUGACCGAUCUGCUCGGUAAUCCGGGCUUUUUCAUGUUGAACCUGGCAGGUGCAAGUGAAGGAUUACUUAUAGCUGGUUUCGCUGCGUUUCUACCGAAGCUGAUCGAAAAUCAAUUCAACGUCAGCGCUAGCUCAGCCGCGUUACUAAUGGGUUUGGUGACCGUGCCUGCAGGCGGCGGGGGUACUUUUCUCGGUGGUUAUCUCAUAAAACGCUUUAAUCUGCCCUGUUCAGGGAUUUUGAAGUUCUGUCUGCUGGCCACCGCUUCCUGUAUCGCUUUCACUUUGUGUUUCGUUUUAAAUUGCCCGAAUUUGAACUUUGCUGGAGUUACGGUACCCUAUCCAGGCCAGACCAAAAAAUCUUUCUCGUUGGAUGCCGCGUGCAAUAACAACUGCGGUUGUUCAAGAUCAGAAUUCAGUCCAAUAUGCGGUGUGGAUGGAAUCACGUACUAUUCUCCGUGCCAUGCAGGAUGUUAUCAGGAAACGCGGAUAAACGACGUCGAAGUAUACUCGGACUGCGCCUGCAUACGCGCACCACCGAUUAACUUAACUACCGGAAGCGAUGUUAUAACCUACGAGGCGAUAAAUACAACUUGCAACACGUCGUGUUCCUAUCUGUGGCCCUUUAUAGCCCUAGCAUUUUGCAAUAUGCUUAUUACAUUUCUCUGCACCAUGCCAGCACUAUCGGCGACCCUUCGGGUCGUUCGAGACGACCAAAGGUCGUUCGCUUUGGGUAUUCAGUGGAUUAAAGUUAGGAUACUGGGCACCAUACCAGCACCCAUGGUUUUUGGUGCUCUUAUAGACGAUACUUGUAUCUUGUGGAACGAGACAUGCGAGGGCAGAGGAGCUUGCCUCGUUUAUGACAAUUUAUAUAUGAGCAGGUACAUGCUGGCGUUAGCUUUUAUCGGCAAGGCAGCGUCCCUUCUUUUCUUUUUCUUAGCCUGGUGGACGUAUAUUCCACCUGGAAGCAGACAAGCUGAUCAAAAUUCAAGGGAAGAACCAACGACGACGUUAAUGUUAAACGAUACAUCACACGAAACACCGACCACGCCGGCGACAAUAAAUCCUAUAAUUGACGCGUAAAACGCAAUACCGCAUUCCAUUGAAUUCGAUAUAGUAAAUAAUCUUGUUUUAAUGGAAGAUUUUUAAUGUUAAUACAGCUUACCGAAGAAAAUAACUGCAGUUUCAAGAUAACGUGUUUGCUCUUGACUUAUUUAAAAAUGGAGGGAAACACCGUUUACAACCUGGACUGCUCAGAGAGCACUAACGAUAAAUGUCAAUGGUGCGACAUCUGGUGUUUUCAGAUAUAAUUAAGCAAGGAUGCCAAGACCAUAAAUAUUUUCGUAAUGGAACGGUAUUUGAAACAAUUUAGCGUAUAUACGCAGUAAAAGUAUAAUUUCAAUAAACAUUUACAUUUACUAGUCAAUGUAAUUGCGCCACAUUUAUAGGUUACGUAGGGGCGGGUGGAGUUGCGCGCGAAAGUGUUUCAAUUUGAAUUAAUGCAUUUUUAAUCAAAUGCGCAGCUGUGUACUUUUAAUAGCAAAAACUUAAAUUUCAUAUGCGGAUAUAUUGACUAAUCAAUGUAAUGUAUGUAUAUACAUAUGAACGUGUUUGAUAACUGUGUUUAUAUUUCGCUACGGUGUAAGUAAGCAGAUGUACGAUGUAAAUUAAGUAGACUGGUAUUUAUUUAAUAUUAUUACUCUUUAGUAGUCAUCGUUUACGAUUACCGGGGAAAACGCUAUUUCACUCGUAAGUAUUUUAUAAAGGAUUUGUAACAGGUACACUAAUUUAUUCUUACUAUAAGGGAAGUGCAAAUAAAAUUUGCAUAUUAGCGGGAAAUUUGAAAUAUAAAAACAUGGUGGUAGCGAACUAAACUACGCUACUCAAGUGAGACGAUUUAGUUCGACAAUUGUUUAGGAUUGUACAGAUACAUUUAUACAAAUAGCAAUAUAUAGGGUGUGUUGUAAGAGCUGUUCACUGCCAGAACUAUUGUAAAAAAGCUCAGAUAAUUGUUUUUAUUAUCGAAAUUCGAUAAGAAAUAUAUAUCCUGUUCUACAUGUGAAAACUAUAAGUACCAAGUGUGAGAAACAAUUGGCAAGUGCACUUUGUAGUCCUUUUUCGAUGUUUAUUGAACGGUAUUUCUUAACUCGAUAUAAUUAUUCGUUAGAUUUUGAUAUCAAUAAAAAUGUACUGACAAGUAUUAA